AUGUUUGGCAUGCUCACGCCGGGCCCCCAAGCCCCCGGCCCAACCUACGUCUACAAAACCUACGACGACCUCUUCGCCGACCUCAGCGCCCGAAUGCAAAGCGACGGCUACAAAGUCGUGAAAGCGCGCUCGCACCGCGGCAAGAUCGGCGGCGCCGACGUGCCCAACAACGAGAUGGUGCGGUGCGACCUCGUGUGCGACCGCGGCGGACGCCCCUACAAGUGCCAGGCGACCAAGCACAAGACGAGCACCAAGAAGACGGACUGUCCGUGGAAGGCCAAGGCCGUCAAUCGUAAGAUGAUGGGCGGUUGGAUCUUGACGGUUAUUUGUGAUCAGCAUAAUCAUGAGCCGGGGACGCCGGAGCCGCCGACGCCGGGGGUUAGUGAGAGGGAUGCGGAUGGGGAGCCGGAUGGGAACGAGGCUGCCGCCGCGGAGGGUCCGACUCCAGACGCAGAAACGUCCGCAGCCCUCGCCGUAGCAGGUGUAUCGCAAGCCGUCUUCCGCCUAACAGGCGACACGUUCCAACAAUUCAAAGGCGAAUACCGCAAAAUGGCCAAACCACAGCGCGUCCAAAUGCUCGCGCAGCUCCAAAUGCGCAUCGCCGCCAUCUACGCCAUCGAGAACGAAGACGUGCAGCGCCAGGUGCGCAUGGAGCAGCAGGAGAAGCGACACAGACAAAUUGACCAGACGAGGAGGCAGUCGACGACGGUAGCUGAGAAGCGCGCGAGGAGAACUUCGGCGAUGAUGGUCGAGGAUGAAGGGGAUGAUGAGGGGAGGACGUUGCCGAGUAGUAGUCCUGCUAGGAGAAGGCAGGGGGGUGUGGUGCAGCAGGAUGCUCAGGGGCUGCAGUUGGAUCAGGGGCAGAUGGGGGAUGGGCAGCAUCUUAUGGAGGGGCAGACGCAGCAGGAUGAGGUUGAUUCGUUCAUACAUGCCCAGUUCCAGGUCCAAGUACCACAGGCGGGUGUUGGUACGCCUCCCGUCGGCCAGUUCCACCACUUUCCUGCUCCUCCACCUCGGAGGCUUAGAGGUCGUCCGCAAGCGCAAACUUGA